GCCGCCAUCAAGUCACAGUGCGUAUCGUGAACAAGAGAGUCAUGGAGGCGCUCCUGGAGCGGUUGGCAAGUCUGGGCUUGCAGCGACCCGGUUUCAUCCCAACACGUGCGCAGAGACAAGAGCUCAAGCGCAUCUCGGAGGAACUAUCAUCAGAUCUUGCUGCUACGGACCAGGACGCACGGGAGCCCUCCAACCUUCACGAAGCAGUGUCCGACGCGCUCGAGGCCAUUCGCUCCACUACGGCGCCCAUACUCCUCCUUCCGCCAGAACUGCUUGCCGACAUUUUCGACCACUUCGUUUGGUGCCAUAAUCGGCGAUACCGCGCGGGGAGGGCUGAGUACCUCUUGGACGUGUGCACUCUUUGGCGGGCAGUCGCUCUCGGAACGCCGCACUUCUGGAACAAUAUUUGCACUGAUUGGGGCACGCGAGGUGCAUGAGCUACGCGAGGCAGGCAUCGCUCUCCGAUGGUCUGCCACUAUAUCUGUGGCAUGAGAGGGCCAAUAACGACCAUCUGCAUUGGCUGGUUGCGCAGCUCCAGCCGUACGCGCACCAGUGGCAAGAGAUUGACUUCGAGGAGUCGCCCGCUGCGCUCUCAAGGCUGCGAGCCCAGGACUUGCCAUGUCUCGAAGGUGCUUGGAUAACCCUUACUGACAAACCAUUGUCGGGGAAUUUUUCGAGCUUCUUAUCACGCGCGCCGGCGUUGAAGGAGCUGGACCUCAGGACCUUCGAGAUCGGUCCCCCUUCACCUCCGGUCAUCCGACUCCCAUUCUUUAGUUGCCUUACGCGCUUGGUCCUGAGGUGCUGCCUUUGCAUCGACCUAGACUGGUUCUUGUCUGUCUUACAGGCUUGUAGUCGGACCAUGACCAGUCUCGCCAUGGAUCACGCCGUGUUUGUGGGUGUUCCGCCUUCAUCCACCCAAUCAACACCCAUCACCAUGUCUGCGUUGACCCACCUUGGCUACAACACCACUUCAGCAGAAUUCCUCCGAUGCAUUGAGACGCCGACCCUCGAAGAACUUGAACUCAACAACAUCGGCGACGGUGAUCCUUUCCCUGUACUGUCAGACUUCAUUUUUCGCCUUCCGCACGCCGAGAAUAUCAAUGACAUCUAUCUGGAAAUCAUGGACUCCGAGGAUCCCGAGCCGUUUCUUGAUUGUGUCGCGCCACUCGUCGGCCUUCGCAGGGUGUUUAUCAUGCUGGCCGAAGGCGUGUCAUUCUUCACAGUCGAAGCGCUCGAGCGCCUGUCCUGUGAUGCUGGACACCAGCCGCUGCUCCCGAAGCUUGAAGAGCUGUGUAUCUACCACAUCGACGGAGAGGCCACUCCAACUCCGGCAUUUGUGGGUGCGAUGCGCGAGAUGGUGCGCACCAGGGCGGAGGCGUCGCGCGUAGACUCGGAUGCUGUGGUCACGCUGAAGGUAUUCACGGACUUCGACGACCUGGAAGCUGUCGGAGAUGGAGAGGAAUAGUCAUAUGCUUUGUAUUCGAGUCACGGGCGACGUAUGAGGAGGUCUCGGAAUACUCGCAGUAUUGCCAUCGUGUAAUGACAUUUAGUUUGCUAUGUUCUGAUCCAUCUACUCCCGUGCAUCGCUAUAUAUCAAUCAGCGGAGGCGCACCACGACAUGCC